GCACAGCAGCCUUGUCCUGUAUCCCCUCCGAGGCCAGUCGUCACUGCCAGUCCGAUCCCAUUGCCACCCUGAUCUAUUCCACAUCCACAUCCUCAUAGAACAGACUCUUGAGAAUCGAAAACCCAACCAGAAAACUUAACCAACAGAAUGUCUACUCAACCCGUCCCACCCAGCUUCAAGGACCUUGGCAAGGCAGCCAAUGACCUCCUUGGGAAGGACUACCCAAUCUCUGGUACCAAUCUCGAGGUCAAGACCAAAGCACCCAACAACGUGGUUUUCAAAGUUGCCGGUCUACGGGACGGAAAAUCCGGUGUCAUUGCUGGUGAUCUUGAAGCCAAGUAUCUGUUACCGAAAUAUGGACUUACAUUCACUCCUACCUGGAGUACUUCCAACCUGGUCAAAGCCCAAUUCGAACUCGACAACAAGAUUGCCAAAGGUCUCAAAUUGGAUUUGGCUACCAGCAUGAACCCCGUGUCAAACGCUAAGAACGCUGCCUUGACAGCUACUUACAAGCAACCCGGUCUACAUACCAGAACAUUGGUUGACUUGUUCCGGGGUCCUUCAUUCACUCUGGACGCUGUCAUUGGACGUGAUGGUUUCUUGGUCGGAGGAGACGCUACCUAUGACGUUCAAAAGGCUGCCAUCAGUAAAUACAACGCUAUCGUCGGAUACUCGGCUCCUGAAUACGCCAUCACCUUACAUGGUCUCUCGAAUUUGUCCACCUUCCAUGCAUCGUACUACCACAAAGUAAACCGAGACGUCGAAGCCGGUGCCAAGGCGAUCUAUGACUCAAAAUCGAGCAGCAAGAACAUCUCACUCGAGGUCGGCACACGUGCCUACCUUGACAACGCCUCCUUCAUCAAGGCCAAGAUCAACAACACUGGGAUCUUGGGUUUAGGGUACACCCAAGCACUUCGACCGGGCGUCAAGGUUAGCUUCGGUCUAGCCCUCGACACCCAGCAAGUCAGUGGAGGAUCCAUCAACGACGAGAAAUCCGGUGGGCUUAACGCUCACAAGGUCGGCGCUAGCUUGACCUUUGAGUCUUGAAUGUUACCUUCUAGUCUCCUGCAAAAGAGUUGAUUUAGAUUCCAGAAAAAACUUGUUUGUUGGAUCUUUUAAAGUUAAAAUCACCCUUCCCUCCUCCCCACUCCUCUCUCUCCUCAUGAACUUGAAGAAAACGUGCAAAUCUAAAAAAUAAUAACACUUUCGACUAAGAACAAAGAGAAAGAGAGAACAAAAAAAACAAUUGGAAUUAGAAACUUCCCUGUUCCUUAGACUAAGGAUAGUCUCAAAAAUCCCAAAUAUUGAGCUGUGA